AUGCAUUUUAAUAAACUCUAUUCAUUAGCCCCUUCUGCAUCAGAAUCAUCGAGCCUGAUUCUUUCUGGAGCUUCUUCCACGGCCUUUGCUAGCACGACUACCGAAGCCACAACCGUGGCUGAACCCAUCUCAACAGAGACUGCCACUACCGAAGACAAUGCCUCCAUCAACUCCGAUAUUGAAACAACUGCCGCAGAGACUACUAUCAACGCCAACACUUCCAUAGACUCUGAUGCCACGAUCGCAGAUACUACCACAGCCCUCCCGACGACAACAAAUGGCGCUGUAUAUACUUGUUCUGAUCUCGAUGGUUCAUACACAACCUCCACUGGAGACGUUUUCACCGUUGCCUGUAAUAAAGCCUACUACGGCAUUUCGACGCUUGUUGAUCCUUUCGAGGUUGAUAGCUUUACUUCUUGCAUCGACACCUGCUCUGGCCGUGUCGUGUGCGAGGCUGUGGAUUAUAAGAGGGAUGAAAGAAUGUGUUAUCUGUUUGCAUGCGACGGCAAUGUCGUACUUGACAUCAACUUCGAAUAUGAUGUUGCAUUCAGAUCGGGUACAGAACCGUGA